AUGUCGCAACGCGAGUACCACAUAGUCGUCCUAGGUUCUGGUGGAGUCGGGAAGAGCUGCCUAACAGCGCAAUUCGUGCAGAAUGUAUGGAUAGAGAGUUACGAUCCUACCAUUGAAGAUUCAUACCGAAAGGUGCUUGAUGUUGAUGGCCGCCAUGUCAUUCUGGAGAUUCUGGACACUGCAGGCACGGAACAGUUCAGUAAGGAACUGUAUAUGAAAACCGGUCAAGGGUUCCUUCUCGUCUUCAGCAUAACGUCGGCAUCUUCGUUCUGGGAACUGGCAGAGCUUCGGGAGCAAAUACGACGAAUAAAGGAAGAUAGCAACGUUCCCAUGGUCCUCAUCGGCAACAAGUCAGAUCUAGAAGAAGACCGAGCAGUGCCACGCCCACGCGCCUUUGCAAUUUCCCGUGAGUGGAACAUACCAUACUUUGAAACCAGUGCUCGAAGGAGAGCCAAUGUGGAUGAAGCCUUUGUCGACCUCUGCAGGCAAAUCAUCCGCAAAGAUCAACAGGAACGGCAGCGCAUGGCCCCACCCGAUUCACCCAGACCUGGCCCAAGGUCGCGGACGCAUACUGGAAGGCCUAAGCGCCGGGGACACCGACCGCAUUCGGCAAUUAAUUCCCUUUUCCAUACGGGCAUCGUCGGCCAGGCCGUCAACUCUGUCAAGAACGCCGCCAACUACGUCUCCGAGUCCAUCCAGGGCCAGUCCGCUGAGGCCCAGAAGGAGGCCAACAAGCAGCAGGCCAAGGGCAACGUUCCCGGACAGGACUCUCUUACCGACCGUGCCUCCGGUGCUCUUAGCGCUGCCUCCGACAAGAUGAACCAGGAGAAGCACGAGGGCUCCGCUGAGGCCAACAAGCGCUCCAUCUAA